AUGCGUCUCGUCAGCCUCACCCGCGCGGCCACUCACGUCCGCGCGGCGUCGACGACGGCAACCAUAGCGGCGGCGCUGAAGGUGGGCGACGCGCUGCGCCCGCGCCGGCGGCGGUUCACGGAGGACGACGUGGCGGCGUACGCGGGGGUGAGCGGCGACCGCAACCCCGUCCACCUUGAUGAUGCCUUCGCGCGCGGGACGGGCGGGUUCCAGCGUGGCCGCGUGGUGCACGGCAUGCUCGUCGCCUCCCUCUUCCCCGCCCUCAUCGCCUCCCACUUCCCUGGAGCCGUGUACGCGAGCCAGUCCCUCAAGUUCGCGGCGCCGGUGCACGUCGGAGACGAGGUGGUCGCGCAGGUGCAGGCGCUCCACAUCAAGGCCACCGGCGGAAGUAAUAGCAAUAUCUGUUGGGCAGCGUCAAGUUCGCCACCAAGUGCUUCAUGGACGAUGAGGAGACUCUCGCCAUCGACGGCGAGGCCAUGGCUUUUCUGCCCACGCUGCAGCUCAGCGCCGAGGGCGACUUUUAUCUCAUGA